AGAUCGGUUCAGAAGCUUCUAGAACUGCUGGAGAUGAAAUUGAAGGAAGUGAUUCGCAAAGAACCUACUCUGCUUGUGAUGGUCGUUGGUGUUCCUAAUGUUGGCAAAUCAGCUCUCAUCAACUCUAUUCAUCAAAUUGCGCACUCCAGAUUUCCUGUGCAGGAAAAGAGGAAGCGUGCUGCUGUGGGUCCAUUACCUGGUGUUACUCAAGACAUUGCAGGAUUCAAGAUAGCACAUAAACCUAGCAUAUAUGUCCUAGAUACCCCAGGGGUUCUGGUUCCUAGUAUCUCAGACAUAGAGACAGGGUUAAAGCUGGCUCUUGCAGGGGGAGUGAAAGAUUCAGUAGUGGGUGAGGAGCGAAUUGCUCAGUACUUAUUGGCAGUUUUGGAUACCCGAGGGACGCCACUUCACUGGAAGCUCCUAAAUAACAGGAGAAUAAAUGGGAUUGAAUGUGAAGCUGAGGAAAAUCAUGAAUAUAGUCUGAAAAAUCUUAAGUCAAAGAGAAGAAAUUUACCAAAUAGAUGUGACUUGGUAUAUGCUGAGGAUAUUGUAACGGAAGUUCAGCAUGCGCUCUAUUCAACUCUCUCAGAAUUUAAUGGGAAUGUAGAAGAUGAGAAUGACUUAGAGCGCCUUAUUGACCUGCAAUUUGGUGCACUACAGAAGGCAUUAAAGAUACCUCACAAGGCCUCAGAAGCGCGGUUAAUAGUUCCUUACUCUAUUCAGGACUGGUAAGCUUGGACCUUUUAUUCUUGAUGAUGUCCCGGAUGUCAAGCCUGUAUCAUCGUGAUAUAUUGAAUCUUCCUUUUUUUCCUCUUCUUGUGUAUUCGAUCUCCUAUCUCUCCCCCUUUUCCAUUUGUGGCAUAUAUAUUAUGUAUCUAUCCAAAUUUUGCUGUAACAUGCAAAUAGCGAUGAAUUUAGAAUGGGAUUGAACUUCUUUCCGGUGGAUGUGGGUGAUUUGCCAGCAUUUAAGUGCCAGUCUUUUGACAAAAAAGGUAGUUCAAUGAGUCUAAGCAAGUUUGCCACCCAAUACGAGCCAAGACUCAGCGAAACCUUGUAUCAUUA